AUGGUGAUGAUUUGGGAUGAUGAAGCUCGGCUUUCGAGUACAAAUUUAGGCACUGACGAGUCCUGUCAAGCCAACAAACCGAUGCGCAGCGAGCACGGACAGAAGUUUGAUGUAUUUCUCAGUCACAGCGGUAAGCAAAAAAAUUUUGUGAGGCAGCUACACAGAGACCUCACAAACUUGGGCGUGUCCUGCUUCUUUGAUGAAGAUCCUCAAAGUUUGCCAAUAGCAGAAGAUUUUCCUCCUCGUAUAUUUGAAGCCGCGAGGGCAUGCCGACUAGCAGUUUUGCUUCUUUCUAGGGAAUUUUUGGAAUCAAAGUGGCCACUGCUUGAAGCCUCUACUUUCAUGAAAGCUAGACAUACAAAUCCCAAUCUCCAAAUUUUACCUUUGUACUUUAUGAUUCUACCCGAGGGUCUUAAGGAAAUUACGUCAGACAACGAAAAGUGGAAAGGGAUUGAGAAAUCUAAGGAAAAGCGGGCCGAAUGGCACCAAGCUUUGACUGCAAUGCGGCGAAUUAAGGGGUUGAUGUUCAGUGAAGGUGGUAAUGAAUUGGAGUUUCGAGAUAAAAUAGUUAAAGAAGUUUCUUGCAGACUCCUGAAACAAUCACGAAGGUAUCAUCUCCCUUGUAUGCAAGGAGAAGAAAGAAUGUGUCAGGAGGUCGCUGUUUUCUUCAGCACCGUUCAUCCCAACGAAAAGGGAAUCCGUAUUGCCGGAUUGUAUGGAAUAGCGGGCCACGGGAAAACUAAACUUGGCAAGGCUAUCUGCAACUACAAAUUGGCGGAUUUUGAAGGUAAAAUCUGUCAUCUCGAAUUUUCUCAAGGCGGUUUAUUAGAAAGAUUAAAACUUGCACUGCAGUAUCUCACUCACUACCCUCAAACGCAUCUCCAAGCACUGACAAGCAAAGAUCAGGCACGAGUUGAGUUUUAUAAAAGAGUGAAGGGCCAAAGGGUGAUGUUGGUUCUCGACAAUAUCACAGACGAAAGCAUAUCCGAAGUGAGAUAUUAUGUUCAGGCAGACUUCCGAGAAAAGAGCUGCAUCCUUUUGAGCGCACGAAGCGUAGAUGUUCUAUUAAAGCAUUUCCAAAUUGGCAAGCAUUCAUGCAUGCGCGUCCCAAGUCUUGCAGAGGACGAGGCCAUAGGCAUUCUUUUAGAAGGGACAUCACUAGUACAGUCGUCUCUGGGGACAGAGGACAGAAGUUCUGUUUUGAAAUGUGCAAAAAGAUGUUCGUUCAAAGAGACCAGGGGUGACAUUUGUCGGAGAGGUCAAACAUUUCAUCCAUUAGCCUUGAAAGCUUUUGGCGGCCAACUCUUCGCCAAAUAUGGUACAAGUUUGCAAAAAUGGGUUGCUGAGAUAGAUGGCUUGGUAGACCGAGCCGGCUACGGUCUGUAUGACGUGUUCGCUGUGCUAAGUAAAGCUUUUGAUGACAUUCAACCUAAAUACCGCACUGUAUUCAUGCUUCUCACUGUAUACAUGCUGCCCAGCAUGUCUUCCCACAAAGUUACCGAGUGGCUGGCCAUAAAUUGCAACGAAGAGAUAUCAUUUAUUGAAAAAGCAGUUGAAGAUCUAUGUAAGAAGGCUUUUAUUGAAGAAUCUGUACCUGCAAUUCGCAUACACGACCUAUAUAUUGAAUUUGCUCAAAGUAAAGCAAAAGAAAUGGGGAAAUGGCUGUGGUGGAAGGGCGACCCACGUAGUACACGUGGGUUAAGUUCACAAGACAAGGAAGGAUUUGAAUUAGUUAAGUUAGAGGACUACAGGUAUCGAAGUCCAUCCCAGAUCGCUUUGAAGUCCGUUCAAAAUGUAAAGGCACUUCUGCUCGUAGGUGUGAAGAAUAUGAGCAAGCUUGACUUGGGCCCCAUGAACAGUCUCAGAAGUAUCGUAUUACACAAUUGCCAAGACUUAGCAACAAUUGAAGGUAUGGAAAAAUUGUUAGAGCUAGCGUGGCUUCAGAUAUGCGAGGUACAUCCAAUGUUCAAAUUUCCCGCGCUAAGCAACCUCCAAGGGUUGCAACUUCUUGAGAUCGACAUUUCAGUCAGCCAUUUGCUGAAUCAGUUGGGAGAUCUAUCUUCUUGCUUUUCCCUAAGAGAGAUUAAAGUUCGCUGUCCAUCGCUCUUGGAGUUCCCAAGAUUAAAUGGUUUGCCGCAUUUGGAGAAAGUAGAAUUUAGUAUGUGUGAUGAAGUGAAGGAGCCUCUCGACUGUAGAGAUUGCGUGGAUCUUCAAAGUGUUGUCCUCGACAACUGCUGCCAGAUGGUUGCCCCACCGCUGCUCGCAGGAUGUAAGAAAGCAUCCAAAAUUGUUUUGUCGGAAUGCCAUGCGGUGACCGCAUGUCCGGAUAUAGAUGUGCCAAGUGAGUUAAAGACAUUAGAGUUGUUCAUUUCAUCAAAAGCUGAUUUGGCUCCGAAAUAUUUAGACUCUUGUUGCACACUUGAAAAUCUCCAGCUAUGGAAUAUGCGGAAACUAGAGCAGCUUCCGGGUUUCAGACGUCUAUCAAAUUUGACUGUGCUCAAAAUUGGGAAGUGUGGUAUAAGGGAGCCACCGGAUCUUAAAUGUUGUGCCACGAGGGUUCAAGAUCCUCCAGAUAUCUUGGGAUGUCAUGAAUUACAGGUGUUUAUUCUGCUCUACAACGACAAUUUGGAAGGACUUCCAAGGAUGGAUGGCUGCCCACGAUUAGAGCAAAUCCAAGUGAGUUGGGGUUGUAAAGACGAGGUAAUUUAUGAUGGAAUUGAUCCCCACAUUUGGGAAGUGGAUUAUGAUGAUGAAUCUUGGCUGGAGCACUUCAAAGACGAGACAUUCCACUUCAGGGAAUUUCCAGAAGCAUUGAAAGGGUGGCAGUGGCUUAAGAGCAAGACAAUGCUGGGGAAGAAGUAUUUCCGUGGAGUGAAGGUGUAUAACUCAAUCACAGCUCCUUAUGAAACUUCAAAGAGGUCCAGGUUUUACGGCAAAAAUUCCAUUACUCUCACUUUGCGAGAUGACAAUGUGGUCGCUUUCCCAACACCGGGCAGAGUUAUUGAAGAUCCUGAUUGGUUAAAUAAAGUGCAAGAGUAUUUUGCUGGGAAGGAGGAUAUUACUUCUGCAAGUUCUGCGUCCGGUGAGAUUUUAUUACCAACUUUAGACGUUUAUAUUUGA